UCAAUUCCCUUUAUUUUGGUCGAGCGAGUAAAAUGCACACAUGGCUGCUUUUAUUUUGCGAGCAGAAACCAGAAAACGACGACUGACGGCGGCUCAACCUCCUACGCAGAAAGAUGGCGUUGCAGGCUGGAGUUCAAACCUCCAAAGUUCUCAUCCUCCUCGGCGCAGGUCUGACUGGUUCGAUUGUUUUGAGGAGUGGAAGAUUGUCCGAGCUUAUCGCCCAGCUUCAAGAAUUACUUAAGGGAGUCGAUGAGGUUCAGACUUCACCAUUUAAAUAUGAUAGUGCACUUCUCGCGGCUCAGAUUCGACAGUUGUCACAAGAGAUCAAAGAGUUAGCCUUAUCCAAUCCUGUGACCAUCUUCAACGGAAGUUCUUCAUCUAGUGGAAGUUAUGCAUCUUAUCUAAUGCCAGCUGCUGCCCUUGGAGCAAUGGGAUACUGUUACAUGUGGUGGAAGGGAUUGUCAUUUUCAGAUGUAUUGUUUGUCACGAAGCAUAACAUGAUCAAUGCUGUUGCAACUGUAUCAAAGCAGUUAGAGCAUGUAUCUGAAGCAGUGGCUUCAACAAAGAGAAAUCUUUCAAAGAGGCUCGAAACUGUGGAUUGGAAAUUGGAGGAGCAGAUGGAAAUGUCGAAGCUUAUUACAAAUGAUGUAAACACAAUGAAGUCAAACCUUUCUGAGAUUGGGUGUGACAUUGAAAUGAUUCAUCAAAUGGUAUCUGAGAUGGAAGGAAAACUUGAGCUUCUUGAAAGCAAACAGGAUAUGUCUAACUCAGGCCUCUUGUAUUUGUGCCAAUAUGCUGGAAGCUUGAAAGAUGCUCUAAAUACAAAACCCUUUCAGGAGGUCAAGGCGAAGCUAGCAAAUCCUGUGGCAGCAACCUUUCAGGAGGAACCAUUGAAGGGUCUCCAAUUCCUGGCUGAUACUGAUGAGUCAGCAGUGAUUAAGAAAUCAAUUAUAAACACGAAGAAAAGUGACAUUACCAACCUUACAGGAAAAGUUAUGGUCACUAAGACAAAGAUACACCGGUCAUAUCCAGUAGGACUUUCUCUGGCUCAAGACAUUAAAAGGUCCGACAUGUGAUUUUUUGGUUUCUUACAUAGAUGAUAACAUUUUCGCUGUCACACGAAGAUUUAAUUUCUAUUUGUUCUGGGGUGGGGAGAGGAAUUGAUUAAGUUGAUUUGGUCAUCAAAAUAUAUAGAGCUUGCAUAUUGUUGGGACUGCAAUGUUGUAAUCCUAUGCAAGAAAAAAAUAAAGCACAAUGAUCUCAGAUUCUUCAGUUCUGUCAUUAAUGUAAGUAGUUGAGUAAAGUUGUUCAAAAAAACAUUUAGGUGAAAAGUGAUCGUGGAUGAGUCUGAACCCAAGACCAAUUUGUGUUUUGUACAAUUAGCUGUUUUGAAGGAUUUUGAGUAUGAAUAUUGAGAUGUCAUUUAUUAUCA